AUGGCACUCUUUACCGAGAAUACUCAACGCCUUGAAAGAGAAGCGGCACAGACCCCCACCAGCAUUACUACCCAACCGUCCAUUGGUUCUACUGUACCAUUCUUCACACUUUUGCAGCCAACGAUGAUUAGUUCUCUCUGCUUAAUUCCCACACUCUGAUACCAUGCCCUCACGUGAUUUCCCUUCCUCGCCGCCGCCGCCGCCGCUGCGGCCUCAUGUCGUGCACGGUCAGACCCACCGCCUUGUUCCUCUGCUCGCUGUAGGAAUAGCCGCCGCCACUUCGGUGCUCUUAAUUUUCACUUUCUGCUGCCGUAAAUUUUCAGGCAAACGGCCAAUCCCUUCCCCCGCAGAUACAGUACAGUCCAAACCUCCCCACAGGUUCUCCUACGCCGCCCUCCGCCGCGCUACUUCCAACUUCGACCCCUCUCUCCGCCUUGGGCAAGGCGGAUUUGGGUCCGUUUACAGAGGCGCUCUUAAAGUUUCAGGCUUUCAACCCGAUGUCCCCGUCGCCGUCAAGGUCAUGGAUGCGGGAUCCCUACAAGGAGAGCGUGAGUUCCAGAACGAGCUGUUCUUUGCCGGAAAACUCGACUCCGACCACAUCGUACCCAUCAUCGGCUUCUCCUCCGAUCAGAAGUGUUGCCGGAUGGUCCUGGUGUACGAUCUCAUGGCCAAUGGAAGCUUGCAAGACUGCCUAUUGCACCGUAAGUGUAGCGAAUUAAAGAUUUGGAAAAAUAGGUUUACAGUUGCGCUUGAUAUAGCUAAAGGGCUUGAGUAUUUGCAUCAUUCUUGUGACCCCUCUGUGAUCCACGGUGACAUUAAACCCAGUAAUAUACUGUUAGAUUCUAAUUUCAAGGCCAAAAUUGGGGAUUUUGGUCUGGCUAGGUUAAAACCCCAGCAGGAUCAUGUUGAAAUUGAGGUGAAAAAGGAGGGUUCUUUAGGGAAUGUGGAGGAUGAUAUUGAAGAAACGGAGAGUGUCACCACCACUACCAAUGGGUUUGAGGAAUUUCAUGGAGGACUGGAUUUAUCUCCUGAGACACAAGUAGUUUCCCCAAGGACAGUGGCAGCAAUGGCAUCACCGCCCGAUGGAUCUUUAGGUAAUUUUGACGGGUUCAGUGUGGAAAGCGGGAAAGAAACGAGUGACAAAAAGAAGAGUAGGUUAAAGAAGAGUGUUUCAAGAAACGACUGGUGGUGGAAGCAAGAUACUGCGGGGGUGGAUUCGGGCAGGCCGGUGAAGGAUUAUGUAAAGGAAUGGAUUGGAAAUGAGAUCAAAAAGGAAAAACCGACUAGCAGUGAGUUGAUAAGUGGGGCUUCAUCAAGCACCAAAACAGAAAAGAAAAAGAAAAACCGAAAGCGGUCAGAUUGGUGGGUAUCUAUGGAAGAUGAAAAAACAACCAAAGUGGGGAAGAGGAGACCAGCCAGAGAGUGGUGGAAGGAAGAGUAUUGCGAAGAGCUCCAAAGAAAAAAGAAGAAGAAAAAGAAACAAGGGAAAAGCUGUAAUGAUGCUACUGGUGGUGAGAUACCUAGUAGGAAGAGCAGCAGCAUGGAUUGGUGGUUGGAUGGAAUUAGUGGUGAUCUAUGGAGAGCCCGAAGGAACAGUUAUGAUUCUGUUGCUUCUGGUGAGAUACCUAAGAGUGGCAUGAGUAGCACGCCGAGCAUGAGAGGAACGGUGUGCUAUGCUGCACCAGAAUACGGGGUCUGUGGGGAUCACCUUUCUGAAAAGUGUGAUGUUUACAGCUAUGGAGUUUUACUGUUAGUACUCAUUUCUGGGAGGCGACCACUUCAGGUCACCGGUUCCCCAAUGUCGGAAUUCCAGCGUGCAAAUCUUCUGUCGUGGGCCCGUCACCUCGCCCGGGCAGGAAAGCUACUUGAUUUAGUUGACCAGUCUGUGGAGUCGUUGGUUAAAGAAGAAGCUUUGUUGUGUAUCAAGCUGGCUUUGGUUUGCCUGCAGAAGUCUCCUGCAAGACGUCCAUCAAUGAACGAAGUGGUGCGCGUGCUUUCCGGCGAGUUGGGACCACUGGAGCUACCGGUUGAACUUUCUUCAUCACAUGCCUCCCGGUUUGGGUUCAAGAAAGUCCGGUGAGUUUCUUUGGUUGGACGCCACAUUUUUGUGAUGAGAACAUAUAUGUAAAGAACAAAAAUGAGAGAUGGAAUAUAACUAACUAAUCAUACAAGUAAUUGAAGCGCACCGUGUAUUAGAUGCGCAUUGACUAGAUAUUUUGUUGCAUAGAAGUUAUCUUGGAUGGUAAAUGACAAAGCCAUGAAAGUUUUGGAAUAGAGCCUUCCUAUUAUAUUUAUACUGUGAAUGAAUGACAAAGGUAUUAAAGUUUUUAAUGCUUUGCAGGUUUAUGAAAUAACAGCUUAGCUUGAAAAAAGAAUUGUUUGUUUGUUUUGGAGGAUGAGCUAAUAAUGAUUUGGCUAAUGAGUAUGUGCUUCAAGUUGAUUUUUUUCCUUUAUUUAAACAGGAUCCUCUACUCAGGGGAGGAUCUACGUGUAGGCUAUGGUGGGCUUAAGGCCAGGGAACUCAAUUUUUUUAGUGAAUUUUUUUCAUUUUUCAUAUUUUGCCCACCCCGCUAAUGUUUAAACAUACGUAGUAGUAUAAUUGCUUCAGCCCAGAGCAUCUCAAUUUUCGGGAUCCGUCCUUUUUUGUACAUCUGCUGCUUCAAUGCACCUUUACAAAAGCUGAUAUUGGGGUGUGUUAUUGGAUGAUUGAAG